AUGGCCAAAUUCAACGAUGUUCUGGGUUUCUUGACUAGACAUCCUUCAAUUAUCGACUUGGAGGCCGCUUAUACGCUGUCACCCGCCCGAGAAAUCGUCUUUCUGGAUCGUGAACAGCAUUUUAAAUUCCUCACAUCACUGGAAAUGGUGUCGGAAGUCUACCCUCCGAGUCUAUACCUUCCAUUCGACUACAACACCUUCAACCACGCCCUAUAUCUCCUUCCUUGCAGCGCUCCACAUGUCACAGCCUUACAUAUCUCAUUCUACCCGGAGGCCGGCAUCGCAGACUGGCUUUACAAGCACAUAUUACAGGAGAACAGUCCGCUCGCCGCUCUAGCAGUGGUAACUACCCUCAACCUCUUCCUGUCUUGGAAUAUGUGGCGGAGUGAUGUGAGAGUUCUGAUCUCAAUUCCUCGCUCGCUUUCCACAACUCCAACAUCUUACGUACGCUUCACCCCUACCCGACGUGGAAAGAGAAAAGCAAACGUCAUUUAUUCAGGAGAUUAUGUUGGCGUGCCCUGA